AUGAAGCAGGAGCAGCUGGCUGAACGUCUGCAGAGCAAAGAGUACUUCAGGAAGAGAUUCAGAGAUGAGGAGCAGGCCAGCAGGAUCAUCUCCCACAUGAAACAAGCCUCCACAUCAUGUGCCACAUCCCAGUCUUCUGCUGGAUCACUGCUACAGUUCUGGAGGAUGGAGACCAGAGAGGGGGGAGAGCUGCCCAGAACCCUGACUGAGAUGUACAUCCACUUCCUGGGGAUCCAGACCAAAGUGAUGAAAAUCAAUCAGCUGCAGAAAGGAAACCUGAUCUUCUAUGAAUCAGACCUGACAGAGUGUGGCAUCGAUAUCAGAGCAGCCUCAGUGUACUCAGGAGUGUUCACACAGAUCUUUAAAGAGGAGAGAGGUCUGUACCAGGACAAGGUGUUCUGCUUUGUCCAUCUGAGUGUUCAGGAGUUUCUGGCUGCUCUUCAUGUUCAUCUGACCUUCAUCAACUCUGGAGUCAACUUGAUCGAACAAGAUACACCAUCAUUUUCCUCAUUUUUUAACAGGUCAAAUAUAAAUGAUCUCCAUCAGAGAGCUGUUGACCAGGCCUUACAGAGUCCAAAUGGACACCUGGACUUGUUCCUCCGCUUCCUCCUGGGACUUUCACUGCAGACCAAUCAGAGACUCCUACAAGGUCUGCUGACACAGACAGGAAGUAGCUCACAGACCAAUCAGGAAACAGUUCAGUACAUCAAGGAGAUGAUCAGUGAAAAUGUGUCUGCAGAGAAAAGCAUCAACCUGUUCCACUGUCUGAAUGAACUGAAUGAUCGUUCUCUAGUGGAGGAGAUCCAACAGUCUCUGAGUUCAGGAAGUCUCUCCACAGAUAAACUGUCUCCUGCUCAGUGGUCAGCUCUGGGUUUCAUCUUAGUGUCAUCAGGAAAAGAUCUGGAUGUGUUUGACCUGAAGAAAUACUCUGCUUCAGAGGAGGUUCUUCUGAGGCUGCUGCCAGUGGUUAAAGCCUCCAACAAAGCUCUGUAAGGACACAGAUUGUUAAUGCAUUU